AAAUUGGACUUCCAAAAUUGUGUACGGCGUGGUCUAUCUAUGUGUAUUUAAUCUAUGCCAUAAGUGUUAUGAAAACUUUAAAAAAAACUCUAAUGUUUUUAGUCAUUUUUUUUUCAGUAUUUUAAUAUUAUUUUCUUUUAUUGGUUUAAGUGGUAUAUCAAACAUUAUUAUAAACUCAAGAAUGACACUUAAAGAAAUUGAUGGUAGUAUUUUAGAAGGCGGAGGACAAAUAAUCAGAUUGAGUAUAGCUCUUUCAAGUCUUUUUGAACAACCUGUAAAAAUAACUAAAAUAAGAGCUGGGCGGUCAAACUCAGGAUUAAAACCUCAACACUUAGCAGGAAUUCAUUUAGUGAAACAAAUGUGUCAUGCAAUUACAGAAGGUGAUAAAGUCAAUUCUUGUGAGUUAUCAUUUCAUCCUAAGUCAUUAAAAAUGGGGAAGUUUAAUUUAAAUAUUGAUUCAAAAACAGCUGCGAGUAUUCCUUUAAUGAUUCAAUCAAUUCUUCCAGUAGCAAUAUUUACUAAACACAGUUCAGAUAUUAUUAUGAAAGGAGGUACUGAUGUGAGUUUUGCACCUUCAAUGGAUUAUGUGAUCAAAAUUUUAUUUCCGAUUUUCAAAAAAUUUGGAAUUGAUUGUAACGCAAACAUUAUAAAGCGUGGAUUUUUUCCAAAAGGUGGAGGAACAGUACAAUUAACUGUUAAUCCUCUUACUGGUCCACUAAAUCCUAUUAUUAUUGAAGAUUUUGGCAAACAUCCUAAUAUAAAAGGAACAAUUUUAAUAUCUGGGCCACCUCACUUAUCCCAAAAAAAUCAAAUUGCUAAAGAAUUAUAUAAUGCUAUAACAAAAAAACUUAAUAAAUUUGGAUACCAGAAAGUUAAUAUUGACAUUGAUGUAAAAGAUUCUCUUAGUCCUGGAGGAAGUAUAGUAUUAAUUUCUGAAAAUGAUAAAUGUUUAAUUGGAAGCUCUACUUUAUAUGACUUUAAAAAAUCUACUGUAUCAAAUGUCACAGAUGAAGCUUGCAAUAAACUUAUAAAAGAAUUAAAUUCUAAGUCAUGUGUAGAUGCUUAUGCUAUGGAUAAUAUUAUUAUAUUUAUGGCAUUAGCUAACGGAAAAUCUCAAAUUAAGUGUAGAGAAAUUACACUUCACACAAAAACAGCUAUUUACAUUGUUGAAGAAUUCACCAAUGUGAGAUUUGAAAUAACUCCAACAAAUGAUGGGCUAAUGAAAGUUACUUGUGAAGGUCUUGCCCUGUCGUUUUUACCAAUGGUAUAUCCAGGGGAAAUUAAGUGCAGUGGUUUCUCGUUGCCUUCUGGACUGGGAACAUGGUGCUUUUUCACCACCGUAGAAGCGCACGCAUUGUCACUCAUCCGUUCACUUACGGCGGUAGGCGCGGCUUAACACUAGAGUUUUGUGAACAACUAGUGUGACCACAGUGCCACACCACACCACGCCCAUUUACUUUACUAAAUCAAAUUUUUUAAUUUGAUUUCAAGUCUAAAUUUAGAAUUUUUCUAUGAGAUUAUUUGAGAUUAUUACUAUAAUAAGAAAGCAAAUAUUUACACAUGAAAAAAUUUUUGUAUCAAAUUAUUAUUAAU